GAGGCCGUUGUAUCAAAGCUUCCCCUGACGCAGCCACCACCACAGCCUACCACAGCCACCACAGUCUACCACAGCCAUCAUGAAGUGUUGCGUGCUGAUCUUCCUGGGUCUGGUCGCCAUGGUCGCCGCCCGCCCCGACUUCGACUUCUCCGCUGAGGACAGCCACCAGGUGCAGGACAUCGACGACGACAACACCAUCACCGGCUCCUACAGUUGGACUUCUCCGGAAGGUGUGAAGUACUUCGUCAAGUACAUCGCUGAUGAAAAUGGCUUCCGUGUUCUGGAGUCUAACGCCGUGCCGGCCACGGCGAGCGGCGUCAAGGCCGACGGCAGGCAGGGAUCCUUCGUGUCCUCUGAGGAACACGACGACAGGAAAUAAACACCAUUGUCUGCUGGACAUAACACUCGCAUCAUCAAUGUGACUGACUUACGAUUUGUAUGUUGUUAUGUUAUUGACUCGCUCCACUUGCUGAGGGCCUCCAGUGUAGGAGGCGGCGAGGCAGAGUGCCUGACAGAGUAGAUGAGGAAGUAUGAGGAUGAAUAUGAGGAAAAUGAGGGAAACACCCUUCUCCCUCACCCACCACCCUCAUCUCCGCUCUACAAAUAUAUUUCUUUCUCAAUUCUUCAACUGUCAUUUCACUUAAUAUUUAUUAAAAUAUUUAUUCACUGAGAAACUUUGUAUAUUAAUUUAUCGCUUCGAAAUUAAAACAGUAAUAAUAA